UUUCCAAGUGUUUUCAGACUCCUUGGCACAGACACAUUCCCGUUGUACAGUACAACAAAGGUUCACACAGUACCCGAGACUGUAGUACAGCAGUACAUGUGUACACCAGAGUAUAUUAUUAAGUUAGGACAGCCGACCAGCUAGUGAGUGAAGAGAAUGGCUUUAAAAUUGGCGUUACUGAUCCUUUCUUUGCUAUACAGGGACAUUUACAGUGAGACUGUUUAUACAAAAUGCAAAAUAAAGUUCAGAACCUUAAACGGAAGCUGCAGCAACGCAUUAAACCCUGAUUGGGGAUUGGCCGGUCAAACAGUAGGUUCAGGUUUAAUCUCCGGGUAUCCCUCCUCCCCCCUACCCAGCAGUAUGUUAGCAGAACACCCGGAGAGGAUCGAACCCGUGACAGAAUGGUUGGGAGCCUGGACUGUUUUUAUUAAACAUGAUCUGCUAGAUAUCAGGUCUCUAAAAGAUGAAUUUAUAAACCUGGAAACCCCUCUGCUUGAUCUAUCCAACAUGUAUGGAACAUCAGGAGACAAGAUACAAAUUCUAUCAGAACAAAACGAUGAGACUUGGGAGGUUGGAGAGAAGAUAUUAUGGCGGUUACUGGAGGCGGAAGAAAGCAGGCUUGUGGCGGAGUUAAGGCGGAGGAAUCAGGACUGGGGACUCACAAGGGUCCAACAGGAGUCUCGUAGGAUAUUGAUUGGUGAAUACAACAAUAUAAUCGUAAAGGAGUUGGCACCACUCCUUCUAGGAUAUCCAGCAUCACUUCUACAACAGGUUGGAGAUGCCGUCGCUCCUGAACCUAUUACUGUAGAGGAACUUCUGGUCGGGGUUCAAGCUUAUCUAGCACUUGGAGCAACAGAGAUAAUUAGCUCCCAACCCAACCUCAAGAGUAUCUGGAUGAAACUAGCAGAAAGGAUGUUGACCCUCCGACAAGAAGUUCCCUCUGGAGGAGUUACAAUGGACAGGUUAAAUGAUGUCUCCGAAGCCCUUGAUAUCGUGGAGCGUAUUGGAAUGCUGAACUGGAGAGAUGUAAGAACCAAGUGUAAACUCCAGGAGGGCCAGGAAUACUAUGAAGCUUUGUUCAGAGGAGGUAAGGACGGAUCUUUGAUGAAUCCUCUGUUAGGAGGAUUAGCAGAGAACCCAGGUUGGGGUUCCAUUCUCUCCCCAACCUUAGCUUGCCUUCUUAAUAAGUUGUUGAGCAAAGUUAUUAAUGGUGACUCCUUUUGGUAUACCCGAGACGAGAAAACUGGAAGAAUGCACGAGGAUGGACUUAGGAAAGAUCAAAUCGAAUCCUUGAAGUCUGUCACCCUCUCCUCCUUUCUAUGUGAGAAUAUUCCCAAUAUUAAAACCAUCCAACCUUCUAGUUUUCUCCUACCCGAUGAGUCGUUAAACAACCAGAUAUCUUGCCUGUACAUCCCUAGACUAGACCUCUCCUUAUGGGAGUCAGAGGAACCUGGACUAGAUCUAGAAGAGGAAGAAGAGAUAGAACAAGCCCUACGAGUGGCAAUGGAGAAUUUGCUCAAGUUUCGUAAGUUUGAAUACAAUCUGCUCGACAGUUGUUCUCUUCCAGUUCAUAGCAGUCUUCGAGCCCAAGGAGCAGUUUCAAAACCUUCAAUACAGGUUCAAAACACAGUAAACAACUCAGCUUUGUUUGAGUUUGUCACCUACGAGUUUAUGAAAAGUCCCCGCCUGGCUAAUCUUGUUGCGUCAUCCACCAGCAAGACUAGAAGUAGGAGAGAAGCUAAGACUGCUGGGAUUGACUUCAACGAUCCUCAAAACUCUAUCGACAUCAAUGGUAUACUCAACAGUAAGGUGAAAGAAAAACUUAAAUCUCUACCCACAGGGCAUAAUUUCUAUACAACAGUAACUGUUGAGAAUGUUCCAAGUUCAUCAAGGUUUACAGCCAGGGUUGUUCCUGCAGAAGCAACCCAGGUUGUUACUCUUGGCAAAUGCUUCCCCUCUGAAGAUCUGACUCCCUGCAACUCAGAAGAUAGAUACAGAACAUACAGUGGAUGGUGCAAUAACAUAAACAACCCAGAAUGGGGUAAGAGCAACUCACCACAUCGUCGUUUUCUUCCGUCUGAAUAUGAGGAUGGAGUUUCAACUCCCCGACAGAAAAGUGUCCGAGGAUCAAGAAUACCCAAUCCCAGAACAGUAUCUCAAGAUAUCCACACUAAUGAAGCUGCUCCAGACCCAAAGUAUACCUUGAUGUUGAUGCAGUGGGGUCAGUUUAUUGAUCAUGAUAUGACACACACACCAAUGGUUCGAGGUCAUGGCAAUUCUCUUCUGGACUGUAAAUCCUGUGAUUCUGGUGUUCAACAUCCAGCUUGUAAUCCUAUUAAGAUCCCACAAGAUGAUCCUUUCUUCACAUACAAUAGAGUAGACCCAAAAUGCAUUCCUUUCACCAGAUCCUUCGCUGGACAGCAGAAGAUAGGCCCUAGAGAGCAAUUGAACCAAAUCAGCUCCUAUAUUGAUGCAAGCGCUCUUUAUGGAUCAGAUGAGUGUCAGACUAAACAGCUCAGGAAACAGGACUCCUAUCUUCUCAAAACCUUUUCACAUCCUCUUAAUCGUAGAGGCGGUAAGUACAAGUAUCUACUCCCAAGAACCACAGAGAACCUGGAGUGCUUCUCCCCCACUGGAGAAUGUUUUUUGGCCGGAGAUGGCAGGGUUAAUGAACAUCCAGGGUUAACAGUCAUGCAUACAUUACUUGUCCGAGAACACAACUCUAUUGCGGAGAAGUUGGCAGCAUUGAACCCACACUGGGAUAAUGAGAAGGUAUUCCAGGAGACAAGAAGAAUACUAGGAGCUCAGAUUCAGCAUAUUACAUAUAAUGAGUUCCUUCCCCGAGUUCUUGGUCUAAACUCCUUAAAGGUCUUUGAUAUUGAUCUUAGAACUGGAGAAUAUUACUACGACUAUGACCCUGAAUGCUCUGCGACAACUUUCAAUGAAUUUGCCACUGCUGCAUUCAGGUUUGGACACAGCACCAUCCGGCCUAAUCUUACUGUUAUGAGUGAACAGGCCAUGCUUGGUCGUUCCAAUCCUCGAGACCUUCAACUUAGGAACCACUUUAACAACCCGGAUGUGAUCAUGGAGGAGCACAUGGUAGACGAUCUGCUCCGAGGUCUGGUGAUGACUCCAAUGGAGACGGUGGAUAACCGGAUGACAGAGGAGAUAUCUAAUCAUCUGUUUGAGGAGAGGGGGAAAACUGAAUCUGGGAUGGAUUUGAUUGCUCUGAAUAUACAAAGAGGAAGAGAUCAUGGUAUUCCAGGUUACAACAAAUACAGAGAGAUGUGUAAACUGAAGAGAGCUAAACACUUUCUAGAUUUUCAAGAUGAAAUACCUUUGGACAUCAUAAACAAACUGCAGAAGAUAUACAAGCACCCAGACGACGUGGAUCUAUUCCCUGGUUUACUCUCUGAAAGGAAGUUGGCCGGCGCGCUAACUGGUCCAACCUUGACCUGUUUAAUAGGUCUGCAGUUCAGCCAUCUUAGGAAAUGUGAUAGAUUCUGGUAUGAAACUGGAAACCACGUGCUUAAGUUUAGCGAGGAUCAGCUGACCGAACUGCGAAGAACCAGUUUGGCGGGACUUAUUUGUAGAAACAUGGACGAUAAUUCAUUACUGCCCAGGUCUGCUAUGGACCAGAUGGACCGAUUAACUAAUCCCAUGGUGGAUUGCGCUGAAACAAUAAAACAUCUUGAUCUUGAACCCUGGAAAGAAGAGGGACCUGUUGACAAAACUUGUGAGGUGUCGGAACAAACCAUUAGAGAGGGUGAGACACAUCGAGCUUCUCCAUGUACAGAGUGUACGUGUACUGCAGAGGGGUUAAAGUGUGAGACAGUAAAUCUGUUUCAAUCAGGUUCAAGCUGUCUAGCUCUCGUCAACAAAUAUGGAAUUAAAGAGGUGGAGGAAGAUGAAACCUGUAGAUCUCAGUGCAGAAUCCUCUAGCAGAAAAAUGGAGGAAAAAUCUGCAAUAUUUUAGUUAAAAAAUAAAUCAGUGCCGAUUGUGAACACUCAUUAGAAAAAGUGCAAAAAAUAGAUUAGACUUCAGACAGCACAGCCUCUCAGCUGAUGAAGGAAAUACUUCAUUUUAUAAUAUUUUAUAUUGUUUGUCAAUAAAUGUAUAUCUAUUUGUUAAAUAUAUAUUAAUAAAGAAUAAA